GCCCAACUACACCACACCACAUACAGAGGGAGCGACGGAGAGCCGGUGAGGGCAGCAGAACCAUGGCUCCCCCUCUCCGCCGCAGCAUGGCCAUGGGAUCCCUCGCACUCCGCUACGCCGCCUACCUCCGCCGCCCUCGCCCUCCUCUACCUCUACAGACUCUCGCCCCUCCCACGCCCAUCCGCCGCCCGCUCCCCGACCUCUCCCCGUGCCGACACUUGGCCGCGCCGCCUCAGGUCAAUAGGAAGAGCAAGGAGGAUGAGAACGAUGACAGCGUAGGUCCUCGCAUCAACAACGCCAUCACCUCUCCCUUUGUCAGAUUGGUCAACGAUCAAGGGCAUAGUGUUGUCCCCAGGCAUGAAGCUCUUCAGCUAGCUGCGAGGAUGGAGAUGGACUUAGUUGAGGUCCACAGAAAAUCAGAACCUCCUGUAUGCAAAAUCAUGGAUUUUCACAAAGAGAAGUACAAGAAAGAAGUGAAGGAGAAAGAACGAUUAAAAACCAAGUCUGCUAUUAUUUUACGUGGUGGGGAUAACAAAGAAGUGCGAUUUAAGGGGAAAACAGAACUAAAAGAUUUGAUGGUAAAAGCUGAUGCAAUCACCAGGUUAAUGGAGCGCGGUUACAGGGUGAAGUGCAUGGCCAUGCCCUCAGGUAACGAAGGAGAAGAUUUAGGAGGACCUCUAUCUCGGUUGUUAGGACUUAUACAAGAUGUCUGCAUCGUCGAAAGUGGUCCGCACUUGGACUCGAAGCAUGCAUAUGUUAUUGUUAGGCAUGUGAAGUUUGCAACAAAGAAAGGUGGAAAGAAAGCCAGCAAGGCGAUGGAAGAUGCAGGAAAAGGUACCCGUGGCACUCCCUCUGAAUCACAAGUUGCUGGUAAUGAUAAUGAAGACGAGACAACUGAAUGUGGUUCAGAAGCUGAUGAUCGGGCCAUCUCGGAUCAUGUUGACAAAACAGCUGCCUAUCUCUCCAGUGAAUCUUCCACCCAAAAGGAAGGGCAGGAUAGAGGGCUUAAAAGAGAGUUGAAUAGGUCGAAAUCCAACCGAGGGGCUGACCAUGGAAAAAUGCCCAAUAACAAUGCUGGGGGAAGCAGAAUCAAUCCUGGUCAGUGGGGACCACAAACCUCUGAACGAAGACUUGGUUCCAAGGAUGCAAAACCUGACAUGGAAAAGCGAGAGAAUAACAAUCAAGAUAAGGAACCUGGGGAAAUCAACAGGUACGCAGCUCGAAGACAGCCGAUAAGAGGAGGCAACCAAGGAUUGAGGCAAGGAAGGUCCCAACAAGAUAGAAGAAAUGAAAAUGAAGGCCAGUAUGCGGUGAAUGACCAUCAAAUACCUCUGGAACAGCAUAACCAAUCGUUGCCAAGGUUCAACCAAGAUAGAUUACCACAAGAUCCAAGGAACGAAAGGAGAGGUCAUUUUCCAUCGAACAACAACCAAAAACAAGCAGCAGGUGAUGAUUUAGGUAAUCCUAACCCAAAAACUAAGAGUUUUGGAAUCUUUAGUACUCUGAAACCUGCCUCAUCUGAGGUGAGGAAGACAAAUGGUGCAUGUACUAGUAAGCCUAAUCCUGACUUGCCGAAAAGCUAUGGGAUUUUUGGUUCUUCUAGGAGGGAAUCUGACAAUAAAAGUUGAUGAGAUGAGACAGACGAAUAGCAGUUCUACAGAACAUUUUGAAAUAAAUCCUAGUUGUAUGGUUGGAACUUGAAAUUUUGGUGGCAUCUCGAUUGGAUGUUUUAGUUAUUGUGGAUCACUGAGUUAGCCUCAGCACAUGGAUACCGACAUACCGUGAUGCAUGACUGGUGAGAAGCAAACUGUAAGGUCGAGAAAUAUUUUAUUCACUGCUUAAAUUGUUGGAAGAAUCAUAUGUAUUGAAACUUGGAGAGUAGCAUCUUAUAGCUUCCUAUUUGAUUAAAUGAUUGUCAUAAUCAUCUGUACAACAUAACCCUAUUCAAUGAUUUUUCUUUGGGGUCUUUUUCUGGCCUUCAGUGGAAAAGAAAAGGUCCAAUCUGGCA